UUGUAACAAUUUGUAUCCAAUCCCUAUGCAUUAAAUAGCCAUCAAAGUAGGACAUUGAGAUUUGCAGCGAGGUUCAGGGUCAAAUAUUAACACGUGUGUUGUAUAAUUUGAUUCCCUGCAUCCACACGUGAAAUAUGUUGUAGGGCUGACAAUUCUGGUAUUGGAUAGAGACCUGUUUAGACUGAAACCGUACUGGGUAAUGUUUCACGAUUUAAAACAAAAGCUUUCAGACUUUACAAAAGUUGAGGGAAAAAAAAAAAAUCAUACUUUGUGUUGCUUUCUACUUUCCUACAAAAUAAUGCAAAUUUUGUAGCCUGCUCAUUGAUUUUGUAGGUGGUGAUUGUUAUCCAAUCGUUCUUUUCCUUCAUAACGACGUUUUUCUUUGUUUCAACUAUUUAUUUAUUUUUCCCUUUUAUAAAUUAUCAUGGAUUCUGCAGAUGUAAGAAUUCCUGGUGAAUUCUUCCAAGUCUGGGCUACAACUGCUGAAGAACUUGCAGAGCUUCCAUUUUAUGAUGCUGAUAUUAAGGAGCUGUUUGAAGUUUGCAAUCGAGUAAAUGCACGGAGAACUUACAAAACACGACGUUCCAAACAGAAAAAUAAACUGACUCGUGAAAUGGGAGAGAGAUGUUCUGCAGUGGGGGAGAAGAGGAGGAAGCCACCAAACUAUUUUGUUUCAAUACCUAUGACAAACCAGCAGAUUUUGGACAAAAUUGAGGAAAUCCAGGAACUGCUAGUGACCAAAGAACCAAAACUGCUUCCAGCUGUGAUUCCUGUUGGAAGGAUGCAUCUGACCAUCGUUGUUGCUCACCUAAAUACACCAGCAGAAGUAGAGAAAGCUGUGUCAGCACUACAACAGUGUAAGAGCAAGGUGGAUGCUAUCCUGGAGGGAAAACCUUUAAUUCUGCAAUUCCAGGGAAUAGGGCAAUUUAAAAACCAGGUCCUGUUCGCAAAACUGUCAGAAGAUACUGAUGAUAAAGUAAUGUCUACUCUGAAAGCAGUGGCUGAAUCUGUAGAGAUAUUGUUUCGAGAACUAGGUGUGAAUAUUGAAGACAGCAAUGAGUUCAAGCCCCAUGCAACCUUUCUGAAGCUUUCUAAAUCUCCUGUUCUUCGCCGUAAGGGUUUUAGAAAAAUCUGCCCAGAGCUCUACAAAGAAUAUGAGGAGGCUGUCUUUGGCACAGAAGUGUUUCAACGUAUUGAUCUCUGUUCAAUGCACAAAAAAAAGCAACCCUCUGGUUAUUAUCAUUGUGAGAGCUCAAUAGAUGUAGGACUUGAUAGUACACCACGUUCUUCUUCCGACUUCCCUUUAGAGAAUGUGGAUGUGGCCAGAACCCCUGCAUUUCCAGAAGGGUCGGUGCAGCAGGUGGAGCCCGAAAUGUCACUGAAGUCAGAAGACCAUGAAGAGUCAUGCACAGACUCUUCUCCCAUUUUGACAGAACAACCUGCCUCUGGGCCUGCAGAACCGCAAGAAAAUGCACAAAGCCCUUCGAGUAGCCAAUUGCCUCCUGUCUCUGACACUCCAGUGGAUCAACCCUGUACAACUAGCUUUAUAGAUGUACAAAAAGAGGGAUUUGAUUCAAUUCACAGUGAUUUAAUGGAUUUAAAAGGGACUGUCCAAUCUAGCCUGGAGGUCCCUUCGGUUAAGCUACAAAAUAGUGUGCAUCUCCCACCAUCUACCAUUCAGGAAGAACCUGAAAAACAUUCAGCCCUCUCUGGACUAUCUGUGACACAAACUGAAAUGCAAGAACUCAAGUGCAUUGUGCAGUCUGGAAUGGAGCAGUUGGACCGAUCUGUCCAGUACGGGUUUGCACAAUUGAACAGUAACAUAGCUGGACUGAGUCAGAAUAUUGCUGACUUGGUGAAGAUUCUUACUCUGAUUCAUUCUUGUGAUCCUGUGGAUGCAUCCUGUCAAAAUGUCUGAGAAUAUUCCAGGAAAAAAUGUUGGAGGAAGGAUGUUCUGUCCAGCAUGAUCUUGGUUGAUUUUCAGCCACUAGGAAUAUUAUCAAUGGUAGAGUCUGUGUUGUUUCUUCCACUAUCGGGGAGAAUGUGAUACAUUAGGGUUUACAUUAGUUGCCUGAAAAUCUCUCAAUAUUUAGGCAAAGGUAGUAUAGAUUAUAUAUUGAAAAAGUAUAAUCACUGGUUAACUGCCUCAAAAUGCAAUGUAACUGCAGAGCCUGUAUUAUUGUAACGAGGAAAUAUUGUUACAACUAGUUGUCAUUUUAUUUGACUUUUUUUAUGUUUGAAUGCUCUGCCCUAAUAUGACCAACAUUUUGUCAAGGACUAAACAUGACAGUCAGACAGAUGAGAGCAACAGCCAGCCUUUUCAGGUGACUGGAUUAUAACAUACCAAGUGUUAGUUGAGUAAAAAACUAAUGAUUAGAAAUAACUUUUUAAUGUUUUUCAAGGCCUCAAUGGCUAUAAAAGUUUUGCAACAAUGGUGUACUUUAAAUGUAAUCACUACUGUAAUGGAGGGAAAAGAGGCAGCUAAUUUGCCUACAGCACAGUUUCACAAAUACAAAUGUUAACUGCUUAAUUAAUCUUUGUUAAACCACCUUCCCUUGACUAACUGGCAAAUGUUCGCCAACCUUCUUGCCAAGUGGACUUAAUUGGGAAGCUAACAAAUACCAAAUGAGGUGUUCUGCAUUUUGAUUAAAGCAUUUCUGAAGGAGGCAAAACUGUAUUCAAAGUACAAGAGAGAUACAGUUUAACCAGGAACUUGGACAACUAAAGAGGAAGAAUUGCUAACAUAAACUCUGAGCGCAUUUUCAGAGGCAAGGAUGCUAUCUGUUGCAUGAUGUGGCCUUUUCAAGUGCAUUUUAAUGUUAUCCAUUAGUUGAGGAAAAUUACAGUUCGGUAGAGCCACUGUUACUUUUUGAAUAUCCCAAGUGGAAACAUUUGAGGACUCCUUGUACAAGGUAUUGUUAAUAAUGCAUAGCACAUCAGGGUUAUUAGUAGAGAACUUGCCAGUAGGCUGAAACUUGGCAUCAAUAAUCUUAGCAAGAUGCUUUUUUUUCAUUCCCUAGCCUCUGCAAAUUGUGUAUAAAGUAACAUGUCUUGUUUCUGCCUAUUAAUGUGUGUAGGUAGCCUAUUUGAAGUGAACAAAGAAAAGAAUGCAGAGAGACUUUCUGGGACAGAAAGGAAUAAGUUGCAUAGCCUGUAGCUGCGCACUAUUCAUACAAUUUGUCAUGCUUGUUGCUGAAAGCACCAUGAAAAAUGCAUGUUGAUAUCAAAACCAAUACUUGCCAUGGCUUUUGUAAAAUAUUGAAGUUGGUCUGGGUGAAGAUCGAGGGAGCAAAAACUUUUGAAACUGCAGAUACAAAUAUCAUUUAUUUUCUAUCCUCUGCAAUAGACCUGGAAUUCUGUAAUUCUACCAAACCUGGACUGAUUUUUGUUUUGGGGUAACAAGAUGAACUGCAAACUGUUUACUGUUGCAUAAGCCACAGGCUAUAACUGGGAAUCUUGUUAAGAAUUCGAAACAGUUUUCAGUUAACAGGUUUUGAACUGACUAUGAUAGAGUAUAUUUGCAUUUAAAUAAUGGGAGAAUUUAUCAAAGUAAAAUAUGAAAUUAAUUAACACAUCUGAUCAAAUGUAACUCCCAAGCUCGCUAACAUCACUGAGCCUGAAAGAAAGGUGGUAAUUACAUGAAUUGAACAGCCUUUUGCACCAAUACUUCAGUUAAUGGAAACUGCUACAGCAAAAAUUGAAGUAAAUAUAAUAACUUUGUGUGAGCUGCAUUCUUAAAUGCAUCUUAAUUAUCAAUUGUAUUUUAUUUUACAAUUUUUGUUCUUGUACAUAGUUGCUGACAUGCCAAUGAACAAUCUUUUUUUUUUGUUCCAGUAUUAGUCUAAAGAUGUUAAAGAAUCAGUUGUAUACUGUUGUAGGAAUCUCUCUGCUUGAGAUUUUAGUUUUGUUUCAAAAAUGAACAAGAUUCAUACUGAGCUUUUGUAAACUCAGUUCUGUAUUGGAACUUAUUUUGAAAACUAUACCCAAAAGGUUAUGUAAUUAUCUGCUUUGUUUAUUGCCAUGGUACAAAGUGACUCCCUACGUUUAUUCCCUGUUUGCAUAGAUAUGCUUCUUCAUAAUCCCUGUGAUAUUCACAUCCCUAUUGAUUCUCCCAAUCUCACUUUAGCUUUACAAGAAAUACUGUUCUCACAUUGGGGCAUUGCUUUUGUUUUGUAAUGAAUGGGAAUUUGUCUUUCAUUUUUACUGACUGUUGUUUCUUGUUUUUGUUUGUUUGUUUCUAAUAUUGUCUGUGUGGUAUGAUGUGAGCUGACAAUAGCUGCUGAUGUGUAAUGCCUGAGAGGGCUAUAGUUUUGUUCUUUUGUCAGUAAA